UGGGGCGUGUGUCUCUGUGGCACAAACACUUGGAUGUGAGACAGGGCAAGAGAGAGAGAGAGGCAGGGAGAGAAAAGGACUGCACUCCCUCAAUUCAUCUGCUCUGGUGUUCCAUCCACUCUGUGUGUUGAGCUUUAUGGUGUGAAAUCGACCAGCAGAGACUGAGGUCGAGUUGAUAAGCAUAGCCUACGCCUCUGCCAAGCGUACGGUGUGGUCCCUGCGCCAGCUCUGCAGCCCGCACCUCCAACAUCUUGCGACAGCGCCGGAGCCUCCUCCCCCUGUCCUGGGCAGAAUGGACCGGUCCGUGAAGGAGCUCUUCCUCAACUUCCUGAUAGUCUUCAUCACAGUCCUGCUCAUGUGGCUGCUGGUGAAGUCGUACCAAGACUGAGCCAUGAUGGGAGGAGGGUGGGGGUGGUGGGGCUGAAACUAAUGUUGCCUGAGAAUGAGGUCAGAUCCAGAGUGCGACAGGGAGUGCCAAGACGUCCCAGGCAAAGUGCUGAGGUCUGAGUUUAUCCUUCAGACAAACUGCUCGCAUUCAACUUUUGUCAUUAUGAAGCAUCAGCUUUAGAGGUUCAGCUUUAAUAUCUGAUUUUUACUGCUUAACAAAUCUUCUGAUUCUGACUGCUUAUAAAA